GGGGACCCGCAGGUGCCACUGCCCUCCAGGCCUGAGCUGGUCCAGCGAGGCCCCAGGCCCCUGACCCCAGUCGGACUCUCACGGGGAGCGGCAUUUUCUGCUUCCUGUCACAGGCCUCGGUGUCUGGCGCAGGCAGGGGGCUGCCCUGGGGGGCUGGGGGUCAGCAGGAGCCUGGCCUGACUCCGCUGCAGGGAGGGCGACCUGCAUGCCGAGCGCACCCCUGCGCCAUGGACCGUGGCCAGCCCAGCGUGGAGCCGGUGGCCGCGGCCCGCAGCGCCCCGGGCCCGAGCGUGAUGGCGCCGCUGCGCGCCGUGGUCCGCCUGCGCCGCCGCGUGUGCCUCUUGCGCAAGCGGCGCCUCCUGACGCCGGGCGCCGGUCCGGACGCCGGGGCCCUGGAGCCGCGCAGGUGCCCGGACCAGCCGCAGUUCUUCACCUUCGACGGCCCCGCCGAGCUGCCUUCGACGACGCCGCGCAAGAGGCGCCGGCGCAGCCGCGUGGUGCUCUACCCCGAGACCUCGCGCAAGUACCGGCCGCGCGCGGAGCGCCAGAGCCGCGCGCAGCGAUGCCUGUUGUUGCUCGUGGCCAUCGUGGGCUUCCAGGUGCUCAACGCCAUCGAGAACCUGGACGAUAACGCGCAACGCUAUGACCUGGACGGGCUGGAGAAGGCGCUGCAGCGCGCCGUGUUUGGCCAGCCGGCCGCCGUGGGGCGCAUCGUGGCGCUGCUGCGGGACUACCUGUCCACGCACGUGCACAGCCGCCCUCUGCUCCUGGCGCUGCACGGACCCAGCGGCGUGGGCAAGAGCCACGUGGGCCGCCUGCUGGCGCGCCACUUCCGCUCGGUGCUCGAGGACAGCUCGCUGGUGCUGCAGUACCACGUAGGGCACCACUGCCCGGAGUCUCGCGCCGCGCAGGACUGUCGCGAGGAGCUGGCGCGUCAUGUGGCCGACGUGGUGGCGCAGGCCGAGGCCGAGGAGAAGACCCCGCUCUUGGUGUUGGACGAGGUGGAGCUGAUGCCCCCGGCGCUGCUGGAUGAGCUGCACGGCCUCCUGCAGCCGCAGCGCCCCCACCACUUCCACAACGCCGUCUACGUGCUGCUCAGCAGCGCGGGGGGCGCGGAGGUCACGCGCUUCGUGCUGCAGAACGCGUCCCGCACGCUGCCUCCGCACCGCGACGGCGCCCACCGCGCCCGCUCGGAGGAGGAGCUCCGCGCCGGCCUGAAGGCGCUCCUGGUCCGCGAGCACCCGCUGUGGCAGGCCUCGGCCGUCGUGCCCUUCCUGCUGCUGGACAAGUGGGACGUGGUCAACUGCUUCCGGGAGGAGAUGGCCGGGGAAGGCUUCUUCCCCGAACAGGCCCGCGCGGAGCUCCUGGCCGAGCAGCUCAGCUACUACCACGUCGCCGGCCGCGAGUUUGCUGUCACUGGCUGCAAGCAGGUGGUGGCCAGGGUGAACCUCUUGUAGCACAGGUGCCGGUGGAUGCGCUGGUCACUAGCAGGCAGGACCGGAGGUUUGCUGGCAGUGGGGGGGAGGGGACCCUGUGGAUUUGCCCCAGGCCCCUAAUAAAUCUGUCUCUGGCGGCCCAGAUGGUUCAGAAGUCCAAUUCCAAUCCCCCAAAUUCCCCAGUCUGCUCCCACGGGGUUCUUAAUUCGGCCACAGUCCUCAGCGCCUACUGUGUGCCCCACGUCACAGGCACCCCAGGAGAUGGGCAGUCUGUCCCCAUGGUACAGAAGAUGUGAUCUCACUGGUGUCACACAGGUGGUCCCCUAUAGCGCUGUCUGUGCUCCUGCUCAGUGGGCGACAACAGCAGCCGUCACACACGCACACACUCCAGUCCACUGCUUGCACACCUGCUCACCCUGGGGACCCCCUAUAGCUCUGUCUGUGCUCCUGCCCAGUGGGGCGACAACAGCAGCCGUCACACACGCACACACUCCAGUCCACUGCUUGCACACCUGCUCACCCUGGGGACCGGGAGGUCAGGGUGCCUCUCCAGCCCCGUGACUUGGGGAA